AAGAUACGGCCACGUGUAUGAACCCCUGGAUCUGCGAUGCUGCUCUUAAAUUCUCCUCUCGUCCUCAUUUCCAUCUUCGUCUCCUCCCUCAGCCAUCCCCUCUGGUAAUCAAUUCUCCCUCUCUAUCUAUGUUUGUUUGAAUUCUCUCUCGCAUAGUUAAGAUUCCUUUUUUCGUAUUCUAGAUCCAUAGAAUUUAUCCAAAAUUCAUGAAUUGUUUCUAAGACACGAAACGGUUUAAGUUCAGGUCAUAGUUUUUCUGUAGAUCUCGAUUUACGUGAAAUUUUACUUACCAAUAGAUCUGAAUUAUCGAAAUUGCAGUUCCUUUUCCUCGAGUGUCUCGUUCGGCUUCAUGUCCUGUGGAAUUUUUAAUCUUUGUCCGAUUCUGAAUCCGGAAAUUGUUAGGGAUUUGGGUUUUAUUCAAGAUUUGUCAUCGCUGUGAAAGUUUUCCCUUUUUUUAUGUGGGUUCGAAGUUUUCUGAAAAUCUCAAUUAGUAAAAGGAUCACUGGACUUGCUUAUAUUAAUUCUACACCGUCUCUUCAUAGAUUUGGUCAAUCCUGUAUCUCAGAUCUUAUUUGUUCAUGUGAUAGCCUUUAAAUGUGUGAACUUUUCAUGUACUUGCAGAGCUUAUAAAACCUUCAUGGCAUUUGCGCACUUCUGCAGCAUCCACUGUUUCCUUAAAAUCGGGAAACAACAAGAGCUUCUUCUCCUUGUUAUUGGAUUGCCUUUUGCCAGCCUUUGUUUUAGUCAGUUUUCUCCUCAUUAACUUCUGUCGGUACAGAAUCUCUCUCCAGGCUGGUGAACUCUUGCAGCUUUCUCAGUGAUUCUGUAUCGAUUUUUCCCGUGUAAAUUAUGGUUUCCUCUCAGCGUCCUGUCCCCAACAAAAUCCAGAAACAGCAAUAUCUAUCCAUCAGCCCUUCAAAUUCUGUCUUGAAAGAUGAUGUUGAACUUGAGUUCUCUGAUGUGUUUGGUCCACUCCCCGAAGAGGCCAAUGAUAUUGCUUACGACGAGCCUGCUGUUGUCUACAGUCGAUCCCACUCCUUGGUUGGCCCGUGUUCGCUCGAUAGUCAUUCUUUGAAGCUGACCAAGCUCACCUUACUAGAGACUGAGGACUCAAUUGACUUGGUGGAGUGUCUCGAAGGUGAAUCUUUAAAAGAAAAUGAUGAUUUCUCUGGUAAUGACGACAGUGACAAUGAGAAAGCUUUAGAGGGAGAUCUGGUGAAAGUCUCAGGUGUAGUAGGCAUAGAUGAUUUUGAGGUUAUGAAGGUUGUUGGGAAAGGUGCGUUUGGGAAAGUCUACCAGGUGAGGAAAAAGGAGACCUCUGAGAUAUACGCUAUGAAAGUCAUGAGGAAAGAUCACAUUAUGGAGAAGAACCAUGCUGAAUACAUGAAAGCUGAGCGCGAUAUUCUUACAAAAAUUGAUCACCCAUUCAUUGUUCAACUUAAAUACUCUUUUCAGACCAAGUACAGGCUGUAUCUUGUGCUCGACUUUAUAAACGGAGGUCAUCUUUUCUUCCAACUCUAUCACCAAGGGCUUUUCAGAGAGGACUUGGCUCGAGUGUACACUGCAGAAAUCGUCUCUGCAGUUUCCCAUCUCCAUGAGAAAGGCAUAAUGCACAGAGAUCUGAAACCCGAAAACAUACUCAUGGAUACAGAUGGCCACGUGAUGCUAACAGAUUUUGGUUUAGCAAAGGAAUUUGAAGAAAACACAAGAUCAAACUCCAUGUGCGGAACUACGGAGUAUAUGGCACCUGAAAUUGUUCGAGGAAAAGGACAUGAUAAAGCAGCUGACUGGUGGAGCGUAGGGAUUCUUCUGUAUGAGAUGCUCACAGGAAAGCCACCGUUUCUCGGGAGCAAAGGAAAGAUACAGCAGAAAAUUGUGAAGGACAAGAUCAAGCUUCCGCAGUUUCUGUCUAAUGAAGCUCAUGCAAUACUGAAAGGGCUGCUGCAAAAAGAGCCAGAAAGGCGACUUGGAAGUGGACUGAGCGGAGCAGAGGAGAUAAAACAGCACAAAUGGUUCAAGGGAAUAAACUGGAAGAAGCUGGAGGCUAGAGAAGUGAUGCCAAGUUUCAAGCCGGAAGUAUCGGGAAGGCAAUGCAUAGCAAAUUUUGACAAGUGUUGGACUGACAUGUCUGUUUUGGAUUCUCCGGCGAGCAGUCCCAGUUCGGAUCCUAAGGCCAACCCUUUUACCAAUUUCACUUACGUCAGGCCUCCUCCUUCAUUCCUUCACCAGUCCACAACUACUUUGUAGAUUUACUAUAUUUUUAUGUAGUUCCUACUUCUUUGGUUGUUGUUUCCUUCUGACACAUGAACAUUAAAGAAAACUUUGGUUACCAAGACGCUUAAUUUAUAAUUGAUUUUAUGAGAUUGUUAUUGAUUGAGAUUAAGUAGAGCAGCUAACACUUUGAC